AUGAGCUCAUCCGAACCAAAUCCUUAUAUUGUUUUCGCUACCGUUGCCUCCAUCAUUGGGGCUACCAUUGCGUACUACUUCAUUCAACAAUCACGUAAGAACUCCCCAGUGUUGAAGCCAGAUGAAUUCCAAAAAUUCUCUUUAAUCCAGAAAACCAGAGUCCUGCAUAACUCCUGCAUUUACAGAUUUGGGCUCCCUAAGUCGAGCGACAGAUUGGGACUCCCAAUUGGUCAACAUAUCUCCAUCGGUGCUGUUAUCAACGGUAAGGAAGUGGUCAGAUCAUACACCCCAAUUUCCACCGAUGACGAAUUGGGAUACUUUGACUUGCUUAUUAAGACUUACGAGAACGGUAACAUUUCCCGUCAUGUUGAGUCUAAGAAGAUCGGUGAACAUAUCGAAGUUAGAGGUCCAAAGGGUUUCUACACUUACCAACCAAACAUGAUUAAGGAAGUUGGUAUGGUCGCAGGUGGUACCGGUAUUGCCCCAAUGUUUCAGGUUAUUACUGCCAUCUUGAGAAAUCCUGCAGACAAGACCAAGAUUUCUCUCUUGUACGCCAAUGUAUCAGAGAAUGAUAUCUUGCUUAGAGCUGAGUUAGAGAAGUUGGCAAAGGAAAACUCCGAACAAUUCAGUAUUCAUUACAUUUUGAAUGAUGCCCCAGAAAACUGGACUGGAUCUGUCGGAUUUAUCACCCCAGAAAUCAUGGAAAAGCAUUUACCUUCCCCAAAGCCAACCCUGAGUCUCUUGAUCUGUGGUCCACCACCAAUGGUAAGUGCCAUGAAACGUGCUGCUGUCGGAUUGGGAUUCGAAAAGGCCAAGCCUGUCUCAAAAUUGGGAGAUCAGGUCUUUGUUUUCUAA